AAUACAAAGAAAAUAUUCUAAAAAGGUGUGGUAUGAAAAACCGUAUCGAGUACUCCGAAAUCCACUUUGUAUGGUACCGAUUUUCCUUUUCAUCUUUAUUUUUUCACUUUACUUCACCAUACAAACCGCUUUACGCGAAAAUUUAUCAACCGGAUCUUUUAUUAGAUUCCACUCCCACGAAAACAAAUUUAAACCAAUUCGCUUUGAAGGUGAGAAAAUCGUGCAUUUAGAUUUCAAAGGAGCCCCGCCGAAAGUCAAAUAUUUAAAAGAGAUCUUCCCGAUUAUUGCCAAAUUUGGCGCAACGGCGCUUUUAAUCGAAUACGAUGACAUGUUUCCGUUUCAAGAUAACAUUGAGAUGUUAAAAUCACCUUUAGCGUAUACAUUGGAGGAAAUCCGCUUAAUUAUUGAAUCCGCGGAAAAUUCUAAUUUAAAAGUGAUACCUUUAAUACAAACAUUUUCUCAUUUAGAGUACGUUUUAAAAAAAGACGAGUUUAAAGACUUACGAGAAGCCGAAGAUUACCCAACCGAUAUUUGCCCCAUGAAUCCAAAAACUAGUUUACUCCUUGGAAAUAUAACCGAACAAAUUUUAAAAAUGCAUCCUAAAGUUAGCAGGGUUCAUAUUGGAGGUGAUGAAGUGAAACAUUUAGGGAACUGCUUAAGAUGUAAAAAAGAAGUUAAUCAAAAAAGUUCUAUUUAUGUACAUCAUAUUAAAAAUGUGGCAAAAAUGAUAAUAAAUAAUCAUCCUGAUGUUGCUAUUUUAAUUUGGGACGAUUUCAUAAGAAAAAUAGAUACGCAAGAAUUAAUUCAAUUUAAUUUACCACCUUAUAUUCAACCAGUUAUUUGGAAUUAUGAUAAAAAGAUGAGGAAUGAAAUAACAGAAGAUAUUAUAAUAAAAUACAGAGAUGUUUUUGGUUCAAUUUGGUUUGCUGGAUCAUUCAAGGGAUCAAUUACUCGUAACAGUUACAUAACUAAAUCAGACCACCACGUAUCCAACAUCCAAUCUUGGUUAACAAUUUAUCGUUUAUACAAAAACAAGAUUGCUAUUAAUGGAAUCUUUUUAACCGGAUGGCAACGCUUUGAUCAUUUCUCGAUUCUUUGCGAUCUCCUCCCAAUCAGCAUUCCAUCACUCGGAUUAACAUUAACUCUUUUAAACGGAAUAACUACGUCUUAUUAUAACCUACCAAAAGAAGUUAACGAGAUCUUAAAAUGCGAAGAACCUCAUUCCGUAGCCUAUUUUGGAAAUGGACUGGCUUAUUGUUCCUAUCCAGGAGGAAAGUUAUUAGAUACCAUCCUACAGUUCCAUAAGUACAAAUAUAAUUACGAAGUUUUUAUGAAUAAUCACGCUAUAGUGGCUUGGUUAAAUAAUUACAACAUUAAAAGGGGAAUGUACAACAGAAAACAACUUCAAAAAAUUAGCAAUCAAAUCAAUAAUUAUAGAAGAAAACUGGAUACUUUAACUGUGGAUAUAAAGAAGGAAAUGAAAUUUAUUUAUCGAACUGAAAUUGUUGAUGAAUGGUAUGAAAGUUAUGUUGAACCAAUUUAUAUUGAAAUUGCAAAACUAAUUAAUCAAGUAGAAACGUUAAUGAAUAAAACUAUUUGGCAUUGA